AUGCAUCGACUGGAAGGACCAGGCGUUGAGGCGGAAAGGGAGCAGGACGGUCUCGUGGUACAGCUGGCGGCAGACGGGCGACAGCAGCGUCAUGCCACGGCGAGCCGACGGCUCCGUCGUGUCGUCUUUCAGGCGUACCCAGGGGUUUUGGGCCUCGCCGAGAAUGCGGCAAUAGAAACCGCCUUCGGUCGUCUCGUAACAGCGGUGGCCGUUUUUGAUCUGCAACCUUCGUCGCCACUUCUUGAAGCACACGUUGAUUUGGCCGACGGCGAGGACGAGUUCGAAGAUUUGGUUACGGAGUUCGGGCGGGAGGCGGAGGAGAGGGGAGAGCUGCUGGUUGCGUGUCCAUCUGUUCCCGGAGUAUUGUCAGCGACUGGGGGAUUGAUUGCUUUGAACCGAGAGCGAACCGAGAGCGAACCGACUGACAGCGCGAACUCUUCGACCCCGUCACGUCCCAUGUGGGUGGUCCCGGGUCCAAGCAGUCUCGAAGUGGGGAACCUCGCGUCCACGGCCCUUGCAGGCUUGCACAGUCACGUCACCACUUGCACCCACCCCAAAUCGGUCAUUUAA